AUUUUCCACUGGGAACUGUUAUAGGAUGGGAGACCACACCUGAUCUUGCCCCUCUCAACCACUCUUGUCUCCCAUGGCAGGUCCCAUAUACAAAAUAUGUAUCCUUGUCUGCUGGUACUUUCGUGAAAAUCAAAGGGACAUUUGUCAUGCCUUUCAACAUGAACCCAGAACUGCAGGUGGAUUUCCACACCGAAGCUGAAGGGAAUACAAACAUCGCCUUCCAUUUCCGAGUGUACUGUGACUACUAUGUGAAGAUGAACAGCCGUCAGUGUGGGAACUGGGAAGAAGAAGUGAGAACCUCUGUUAUUUCCUUUGAGGAUGGCCAACCCUUUGAACUGGGCAUCUUGGUGCUGUCAAAUGAGUACCAGGUAAUAGUAAAUGGUCACCAAUGUUACACUUUUCCCCAUCGAUAUGACCCAGCAUCAGUGAAGACGAUCCGAGUGUGGAGAGAUGUGUCCCUGACCUCGGUGACUGUCACUUAGAGAAGGAUGCGACCAGACUCCCCGUUGUCAAGGAGAUCCCUCCACCUAAGUGACUCUGUGAUGCCCAGAGCUCACUGACAACAUGGGUUCUCACCUGUCCCCCAAUCUUGGUCAUUAAAACUCCUGAAAACACAACAAUAUUUG